AUUGUUUACUGUCAAUUAUCGUAUGUCAGUGGUUUUUAUAAAUAAAUAAUUAAAUAAUUAUCAAACAAAUUCAGUAUUUUUUUGUUCAUCAUAUAUAUUGCAAAAUGGCUUUAACACCAUUAGAAAGGCAAGAAUUGGAGCUGGAGAUGGAAAAACGAGAGUUUUGUGAGACUACUCAAAAAGUAAGGGCCGAUAUUGAAGACAAAAGUCGCUAUGGGAAUCUCACAAGAUACAUGAAUGUUCAAAGACGACAACAAGAAGAAACUAACGCCAUGCAAAAACGUAUUGAAGAUGCAGCUUUUCAUGAAAGACAGUUGGAACGAGAAACUAAUUUAUCCAGAGAAUUAGAUAAAAUUAAGAGGGAUGAAAUGAAGGAAUUACUUUUGAGGCAACAGUUGAGAGAAAACUCACACGAGUUAAGAGAUCUUGAAAGAAAGUUGAAAGCUGCAUACAUACACAAAGCCCUUAUUGCUCAAAUGGCUGAGAAAGAAGCUGAAAAAAUGAAUGAGAAGAUACAAGAAAAGAGGGCGCAAGAUAUUUUAAGGACAGUUUGGCGGGAUGAAUCAGAACUUAAAAUCAAAUUAAAACAAGAAGAUAUACUUAAAAAGGCCCAAUAUAAACGUGAACUGCAGGAUCAAAUGAUUUUGAGAGAAAAAGACAAACGAUACCACUAUGAAGAAUUUCUUAGAGAAAAGAAGAUGAUCGAUGACAUUGUUCAAAGAAUACAUGAUGAAGACGAGAGAGAAAUGCAGGAGAGAAUGUGUAAGAUGAAGAGGACACGAGAUGAAAUGAUUGCAUUUAAACAGGCUCGAGAGUUGUGGAAGAAAAAGAAAGCUGAGGAAAUUGAAGAGGAAAACAGGAGGAUACAAGAAUUUUUGACUGCUAAAGCCGCAAACAUCACAUCCUGGACGAAUGAAAGAGAAAAAAGGAACAUAAUUAAAGCCAAGAUCUCGGAAGAUAUUGCAAAACAAAUAUAUGAGGAGAGGGCCAAGAAGAAAGAAAGGGAAGAUAUCAUUCAGGAAUUGAUGGAGUUGGAGAAGAAGGAAGAGCUGGAAAGGAGAGACAAACAUGAUAUGGAAAGAUUGAUUCGACAGAGGAUAGAGAUGAAUGAAUCUCUUGCCAGACAACUGAAGGAAAAGGAAGAAAGGUCACAACAGGAAGCUAACGAGGAUGCUAGAUAUAAAGAUGAGAUGUUGGCAAAAUUAGCUGAAGAUGCAAAAUUGGAGCAGAUGUCCCAACAAAAGAGGAGAAUGAGGAUGUUACAAUUGAGAAGGGAUGUCGAACAAAUGAUGAUAGAUAGACGACAGAAAUACGCCGAAGAAAUGCAGCUGUCCAUAAAACUAAAGGAGCAGGAAGACCACGAGAUGGAAAAAAGGAGGCAAGUAAUAGAGGAAGAAAGAAUAAGAAUGUUGAAAGAGCAUGUGAAGAAUCUCGUUGGUUACUUACCAAAAGGUCUGUUAACUGCAAAUGACUUACCCCAUUUAGGAGCCGAUGUAGUGAACAAUAUAGUGCAGAACAAAAACCAGUGUUGACAAAUGACUCUGACUAUUAUGAGCUGUUAAAAUUCUCAAUGUGUAGUGGUUACACGAAUAAAUUGUGAUAUUUUCA